AUGGACAAAGCCACAUUAGAAAGGAGAGAAUUGGUGUUAUGGGAAGAACAGCUUUUCAAACUGAAAGGCGAUCUUGAUAAGCGGCAACUUGAGAUUGAAAGGACUGAAAAGCUUCUCAAAGAGCGGACAGAAGCUGUCGAACAAGCAGAAAAAGAGCUAAUCGAGAAAAAGGUGGUAGGAAGUCCUGAGAUGAAAGAAAAGAGUGAAACGUUUAAAGAAGUUGAAACAAGUGAACAAGAAGUGAAAAGCAAAUCUGUGAUACCAAUUGAAGAAGCAAAGGUAGCACAAAAUACCCCACAAAUAGUCGACUUGUCAUUCUUUAACAUUGGAAUAACAACAAAUGAGAAGAACAAUGAGAAGAGAAAUGAGAACCAAAGUAAAGCACUUCCUGAAUUUGACUGGAUAUUAGGGAACACAACACAUCUCGAAGAAAAGACUCAAAAUGAAAUCAAAGAAACGAAGGAAAUGAAACCAAAAGCAUCUGCAAAUAACCCAUAUCUUCCUCAACAAUAUACUCAAAUGUUACAACAACAAAAUACUACUAAAGAACAACAGGAAGUCAAAAAGGCUCAAUCACCAAUUAAUGAUGAACAAAUGGUCCCACCACCCGUAGAACAACUUUACUCUCCACAAAUAGUGACUAAUCAAUACGCUCCAGGUGUUCAAGUACAACAGAAUCAACAAGACACACAAAUGUACCAACAAACAAUUCAAAAUGUACCCCCACCUUCAUCAACAUCAAUGGAAGAAAAUCAAUAUAGUGAUACUUCUUCACCAAUACCAAUACCAGUUAAUGUACCACUACCUUAUGGUAAAGAUGUCGAUCAGGCAAUGGACGAACAAUUUGAGGCCAUUUCUAAGGAACAAGACACACUCCAAAGGAAGGAAAUCACGCCGAAAGUCCCCCCAAAAAUCCCAGCAAAACCAAGACCAAAGGAAGAACCUCAAUUGUCUCACCAACAAGUCCAACAAAACAUUCAAGCCACACAAAGUACACAACAACAACAAAUGACAAUGUUUGCAUCAACACCAACAGGCGGAAAAGUCCAGAAAUUAGUGAGGUACCAAGACCCUAAAAUAAUCGAGCAGAAGGAACAAAACACAAAGAAAAAGUCGAAGUAUUCAUUAAUGGGACAACCACUGUGUUCGUUCCCCGGGUGUUCCAAAACGACAUCGACCAAUCCUGAUAACUUCUGUGUGUGUAGUGUAUGUAAGUGUUCGUAUUGUGAACAACAUAAAAGUGAGUUAGAGAUAGUCAUACCUUCGUUCAAGAAUUUGACGAGUAAGAAGCAAGUGAUCAAACCGUACGUCAUUUGUAAGACUUGCAAGACAACGAAUGACAGUGGAGAUACCAAACAAGAGAUGGGUGUGCUGAUGGAUAAGAGCGUUGCGUUUACACACGAACGAGAAGUGAUGAUUCAAAUGAUCAAAAAGGAGGAGGACAAUGUGGAGAAGGGACUUGAGAUGCUUAUCAGUCGAAGACAAAAAGGGAAACUGUUUCAAAGGAAGGAAACUGGGAAGAAUGAGAACUGCCCUGUUUGUGAUGUCUUACUGAAUGGCCCGGAACAUAUGAAUGUGACGUGUGACAUUUGUUUGAAGAAGUGUUGUGUGGGGUGCUCUGUGAACACGACGAUUGCUCCAACUUUAAUUAUGGGCAUCCAAGACCCAAUGGCGGAAUACAUCAAAGUUGUGAUCUGCAAAAAGUGCUUUGCGUGCACGAAGAAGAAAACGAUGGAAACAAAAAUAGAGAUCAAGAAGUCCGACCAAUCCCUUCUGAACUCACACCAGAAACUUGCCGAGUCGGAAGUUAUGUUAAAAUCACUUUUAAAGCGACUUGAAGAUGUUGUUGAUUCUAUGAAGACUAAAGACGACAUGAAAGGGUUCGAACAAAAAGAAACGUUCUAUGUGGAUGGGUUAAAUGACGUCACACAACUGAUGGUUAACUGUAAGAAGACAGCAGAAGGAAUGGACCAUGACACUAAAAUCAUCAUGAGCAAUUUGGUGAUUGCAUUCUCAAGUUUAAUAGAAAGUAGUACCACAAGACACUCAAUGGUGUAUUCAAGAUAUGUUGAUAAGGUCAAAAGACUUGGUCUUGCAUAA